AAGUUUAAAAGCAAUCGCGCUGGCCAGAGCGUUCAUCAGUGUACGAGCGACCGCAGCUUAGAGCAAGUUUGGUGAGCAACGAAUCGUUGUUGAAAGAAAACCCCGUCGUACAGUCACUACGCAGUUUCAAUAAUGGCUUUGGAGCGUCAAGUUCGUGCUAAGAUCGCUGGCAAGCGUGAUCUGGAGAAGGAUAAGGAAGCGCAGUACUGGAUCGAGGAGGUGCUCGGUGAGAAGUUCCCGGCCGGUGUGCUGUACGAGGACGCCCUUCGCGAUGGACUGAUCCUGUGCAAGCUGAUCAACAAGCUGGAACCGGGCGCAGUGGCCAAGAUCAACACGUCCGGCGGCCAGUUCAAGAUGAUGGAGAACAUCAACUUGUUCCAGCAGGCGAUCAAGAAGUACGGCGUACCUGAUCUGGAUGUCUUCCAAACGGUGGACUUGUAUGAGAAGAAGGACAUAGCGCAGGUCACCAGCACAAUCUUCGCACUCGGACGAGCGUGCUACAAACAUCCCGAGUUCCAGGGACCGUUCCUGGGCCCGAAACCGGCCGACGAGUGCAAGCGCAACUUCACCGAGGAGCAGCUGAACGCGGGCCAGGCCAUCAUUGGGCUGCAGGCCGGCACGAACAAGGGUGCCACGCAGGCGGGCCAGAACAUUGGCGCCGGUCGCAAGAUCAUUCUCGGCAAGUAAGCGGGUGGGCCUCGGCCACGAGCACCGGUCCAGGAAAUGUGUACAAACGGCAUCCAUCACCACAUACACAUCACAGCACACAACACCACGCGCACACAUGCACACCCUGUAUGAGGAGCCCCGUGACCUACAUACGGAAAGUCUCACCCUUUCACUCCUAGAUACAGAGACAUCCACAGACACAGAGAGCAACAUCAACAUUUAUACGAGUGUGUAAGAUAUGGUAGGAGAAGAAGGAGGAGAAUGAGCGCAGAGGAUAGAGUAGAGAGGUAGUAGACGUGCGAGCGAUCCGUGGAACUCCAGGAAGUCUUCCACUGGGUCGACUGUUGCGAGAACUGGUAUUACUGUUACUUGGCGUACGGCUUUAUACACCUUGAGUUUUAUGUAAUUUAGCUUCAACCCUCCCCUGAAGUGUGAAGUAACUGCGGGAGAGCGGUAGGAAGAACUGGUUGUUUUUGUAAGAAGGGAGAACAAAAAUUCGUUGAUAAUUUAUCUGUAAUAAAA